AUGCUCGCUGCGGGACAUUCGUUGAGAUGCCUGGAGCCCCUUCUUGUGCUCUCACGGCGAAAGUCACAGGCAUACCUUCGCGCGAUUUCUGUGUGUGUGCUUCUUGUUUUCUUUUGGGCUAACCUACCCUUGUUCGCCAGCUUGGAAAAGCGAAUGCUUCGCAAUGCUUACACGCCCUCAUCACUCGGCUUCGAAUACAAGAAUCUUCCUGGGGCGAACGACACAGUUGUUGUCAUGAGGACUGGUUCGACAGAGAUUCAAGACAAGCUGCCUAUUCAUAUGGCUACAACACUACGCCGCUAUCCUGAUAGCAUCAUCUUCUCUGACUACGAAGAAGAUUUUGAGAACCGUCAGGUGAUUGACGCUCUGGAGAGUGUAGAUUCGCACCUGAAAGACACAAAUCCGGACUUCGAACUAUGGCGACGACUAAAGCAGGGCGGCAGGUCCGUACUACAUCAGGAUGAAUUGAGCGGGCAGUCAAUCUGGCUUGAUCAUGGUAUUGGAAAGGCCGAAAAUCCAGGCUGGAAGCUGGACAAAUUCAAGUUCCUUCCGAUGGUCAACCGGACUUUGCAUGACUAUCCCGACAAGAAAUGGUACAUUUUCGUCGAGCCUGACACUUUCAUAUUCUGGCAGACAUUGUUGGUCUAUUUAUCGAAUCUCGACUGGACGAAAUCGUACUAUCUUGGAGGAGAAAUGCAAAUUGGCGACGUGAUAUUCGCUCAUGGAGGUAUGGGGUUCAUCGUCUCUCGGCCCGCCCUCGAGAGUGUGGUGGCUCAAUAUCAAGCUCAUCAGAGAGAAUACGAAGACUUUACGGAAGGUCACUGGGCUGGCGAUUGUGUACUUGGAAAAGCUCUCAAAGACGCCGGCACAUCGUUGACAUGGGCUUGGCCUAUAUUUCAAGGUGACGACGUUGGAAACAUGAAUUACAAUUAUACAAAGCUGUGGUGCCAGCCUACCGUCUCAUAUCACCACGUCUCGCCAUCGGUCAUUCAAGAUCUGUUUGAUUUCGAGAAGACAUGGAUGUCAGAUACAAACAAUACCAGUUUCUUGCGCCAUCGAGACAUCUUCAAGCUUUUUGCUCUCCCUCGCAUGAAUGCUACACGCACGCAUUGGGAUAAUUUUUGCACGGACGACCGGGGUCCCGCAGACUCCCUUCAAGAAUGUCGGGCCAUCUGCGUGGCGGACAAAAGUUGCCUUCAGUAUCAAGUGAAUGCUGAGGAUAAGUGUCUGACAACCUCUCGACCCAAUGUAGGACAAUCUGCUACUAAUACCACAUCGGACUGGAUCUUCGAGCGGGUGCAGGAGUUUUACGACCAGGCGGAAGAUUGUCAAGGAGUGAGAUGGAUCUCCUGA